AUGCGUAAAAUUUUAGUUUUAGCCAUAAUUUGCUCCUUCUUUGUUGCCAUGUCACUGGCUGAGAGUGAAAAUGUUGAGAAUAAAGUACGUGAGAAACGUCAAUUUUGCUGUGGUGGUGGCCUGGGAGGAUUUGGUGGAGGCUACGGAGGUUAUGGUGGAUACGGCGGUUUUGGUAGAUAUGGUGGCUAUGGACUUGGUGGUUUAGGCGGCUAUGGCGGUUAUGGACAUUAUGGAGGUGGUUUUAGAUAUGGUGGCUUUGGUUAUAGACGUGGUUUUGGUGGUUUCGGUUUCGGUCGCUAA